AUGAAGAAAGGCGACCCCAAGCAAAGCGACCCCAGGAGACCCUCUGCUCCCGUGCCCGCCUUGGUGGGUCACAAAACCCGACCACAACCUCAAGCCAAGACCCAGAACCAGCACCACUUGGAGGUCCACCGUGGCGAGCCCCCGAGAAGACCAAAGAAAAGAUGGGAGGUAUUCCCAGGGAAAAAUCGCUUCUUCUGCGAUGGACGCCUAAUAACGGCCCCCCAGAGUGGUAUGCUACCCCUUACCCUGGGGCUCAUCUUGGUAACCGGCGGAUUAUUCUUCAUAUUCGACUGUCCUUUUCUGGUUGAAAACCUGACGAGCUGCAUACCCGUCAUCGGAGGAAUCCUUUUUACGUUCGUGAUCGUCACGCUGCUUCAGACCACCUUUUCGGACCCCGGCAUUCUGCCUCGAGCGACGCCAGAUGAGGCGAUUGACAUUGAGAAGCAGAUCGACAAUGCUGGUAACGCCACCUACCGCCCCCCGCCACGCACCAAGGAGGUCCUCAUUAACCAGCAGGUGGUCAAACUCAAGUACUGCUUUACCUGCAAGAUGUUCCGGCCGCCGCGCACCUCCCACUGCAGCCUUUGCGACAACUGUGUGGAACGAUUUGACCAUCACUGUCCCUGGGUGGGCAACUGCGUGGGAAAACGCAACUAUCGUGUCUUCUAUGCAUUCAUCGUGUCUCUGUCCUUUCUGACGGCGUUCGUCUUUUGUUGCGUGGUGACACAUCUGGCACUGAGAUCUAAUGAUGGGAAAAGCCUGGUUUUUGCUCUCCAAGAAAGUCCUGGGAGCGCCGUGGAGCUGUUUAUUUGUUUCUUCGCAGUCUGGUGCAUCGUGGGCCUCUCAGGCUUUCAUACGUACCUUGUUGCGACCAACCUUACCACCAAUGAAGAUAUUAAAGGUACUUGGUCAGGGAAGAGCGGCGCAGACGUCACCAACCCAUUCAGUCACAGAAACAUCUUCGACAACUGUGUAUCAAUCCUGUGUGAGCCCAUGCCACCCAGUUUGAUCAACAGUCGAGGCCUCACGCAGGCGGAUUCUGCCAUGGCCAUCGAACUGCCCGUCACGGCUGCCAAAAGUGGCAUGAAUGCGAUAUGUGAUAGUCCUGCAGACGAGUGGAAAUGCCGGCGGGAACCACCAAAGGGCCGCAGCCCUUCCCCAGCCAAUCGGAGGGAGUGA